AUGGUAUUUAGUAUGGAACACGAGAACUUGGUAAUAGAAGGAGAGAAAUGGACGAAAGACGCUGUCAAUUCAUGCAUAGUUACUGCAACACUCAUUGCCACUGUCGUAUUUGCAGCAGCUCUUACUGUACUAGGCGGCUACAAGGAUGAUGGUCAUCCAAUUUUUUCCACCGAACAAGCCUUCACAAUCUUUGCUGCUUUGGAUGCAAUCUCUCUGUUUACAUCCACAGCUUCCGUGUUACUGUUCUUGUCCAUCCUUACCUCGCGCUAUGCAGAAAAUGAUUUUCUUUAUGUUCUGCCCAAAAGGUUAAUUAUCGGUCUUGUUACCAUGUUCCUCUCAAUAACAUCCAUGAUGAUAGCCUUCAGUGCCACGCUAUAUCUCGUGUCUGGUAAGGAAAAUCCAUGGAUCAUUUUUCCAGUGGCUGUAUCGGCUUGUCUACUGGUCACCCUGUUUGUGUCCUUACAAUUCCCCCUACUCGUGGAUGCAGUGUCUUCCGCAUAUGGCACCGGCAUUUUCGGAAAGCAAAGAAAUCGUCCCUUCUACACAGGUUACAAAACAAGCUGA